GUGAACGCCAUGCGAGAGACGGAGGAGGAAGGAACAGAACAGUAGUGAAUUCAAAUUAAAAUUUGGUGCUGGCGCGUGGGCUCACCCGGCACGUGCUCCGCACGCGCCGCCCAACUAUGCAUCGCACUGAGGCGCCUCCUGAUUGGCCGGGCAGUCGCUGUCACGCCGCGUGACCCACCAGCAGCAACUGCGGGGAAUAAAAACCCCUCAUUCCUUCCACUCCCAAUUUGCUCACUCCAAACGCGGAACGGACCGGAGAAGAUUACGCAAAUUCGAAUGCGAUUGCGAAUGCGAUCCCCACAGGCACAGGGAUUCAAUUUCCGCGUGAUUGCUGGCGUUGGAUUGUAGGCUGUAGGUGGUGGUGGUGGUGGUGGUCGUAGAUAUUUUUGGGGAAAGCUCCAGGGCACCGGUCGCUUUACUCUCGAGCACGCUGCUUUUCUCGAUCUGCUGAAUUGCUUGGAUUGUAGUCGCGGAUUCUGCUGAAAUUCGGUUUUGACUUUGGAGGUGAUUUCUUGAUCAUAAGAAUGGAUUCUCCACAGUCUGUUGUGUCGCCGCUCAAGAGCUCCUCUGUUCUUCCCGAAUCCGAGAAGCGCAGCAACGCUAAUUUCGUCGAAAACCUGCAACAGAAGGGGACUGAAAAUGGCGAUUCCAAGAACACCAUUGGCGCAUUGGAGGUGUACAUUCACCAAGCUAGGGACAUCCACAACAUCUGCAUCUACCAGAAGCAGGAUGUCUACGCUAAACUAUGCCUGACGAGCGAUCCGGAGGAGACGGUGUCCACGAAAAUCGUCAAUGGCGGCGGGAGGAAUCCGAUCUUCAAUGAGAGCAUGCGUCUGAGCAUCCGGAAAGUCGAAUCUUCGCUUAAAUGCGAGAUAUGGAUGCUGAGCAGGGUCAGGAAUUACCUCGAAGAUCAGCUUCUAGGGUUUGCUCUGGUUCCGAUAUCCGAAGUCCUUCUGCAGAAUGGGAAGCUGGAGAAGGAGUUCUCCCUCUCCUCCACCGAUCUCUUCCACUCCCCGGCCGGAUUCGUUCGCCUCUCAGUCUCAUACAUCGGAACGCCACCGGAAGUCAUCCCAGUUCCCGCGCCGGCGUCGGAGAGUGAUGCAGCAUUGCAAGAGUCGGAGGAGUCUGCGAAGUCUGUCCCCGACGACUUGGACAAGAUCGAAUUCCCCGAUCCAAAGAUCGUCAACGAGAAUCAUCAGAUGGUCGAAGAAUACAUUUCCAUGCCGCGUCCCAAUCUCGAAUCUCAGAGUUCUGAUACAGAAAACCGAGCAAAUUCUGAGGUCAAGACUCCGGAUUCAAAGAUCGAAUCGCCUCCAAGCAGCGUAUCAACUAACGGGACUUCACCUGCCUCAGUCCCCGCAAGCGUUGAGUCUUCUGAAGAACACAUCGUGCCACCUAAAGAUAGCUCCAAGAACAACAAUGGCGUCAAUGCUGCUACAUUCGUCAAACCUGUUGUCCCCGAGCCGGAGGUCAUACAACAGGACAUUGUCAAUAUGUACAUGAAAAGCAUGCAGCAAUUCACAGAGUCGUUGGCCAAGAUGAAGCUCCCUAUGGACUUCGAAAGCGGACCAACAAGCUCCGAGAACUCUAGCUCGGAUCAGAAAUCUCCGGCAUCCAAGAACUCUGGCUCUCGCGUGUUCUACGGGAGUCGAGCUUUCUUCUAAACUAUCGCAAAAGUUCACCCGACUGCUAGUUUUUAGAAUGGAGACUGAUCCGUAGUUGUGUUCCAUAACCAGAUGUUUCGCUGCACCGUCAUCUGAGUUUGUGUUUUCUAGUUGAUUAAAACGAAACAAGAUGUUCACUUA